GCAUUAGUCUGUAGGACUCUUAAGUAAAUCAACGUUUUUAGCAUUUCAAGUCAAAGGCUUGUUGGAAUUGUCACUGAGGAUAAUCCCGAUUUGUCAUAGCAGUUCAACAAACAGUGUUUUUGAACGAUCGUAUUCUCGUACACAGUGCAACCGGCAUCUACGAUUCGAACGCUCGACCAUCUCUACGAGUACUUAUUUCCGUUCCAUCUGACAUCUGGACCUAUUUUCUAUCAAAUUUUACUUUGGCUACCAACGGACUGCCUUGUCAGGAGAAUAUAUGUCGUACCGGUAACCUCUCUGCUGCUUCUUUAUGUUGAUCUCUACGAGGAGAGCUUUUUCUCAAUUAACUUUCAGUGGUAGAUAUGUUUAGUAUGAUGGGGAAUUGUUUCGUCUGGAUUAAAGAGCGUCGAGAACCUCCCAAGAAAAUAACAUUAUGUCUUGUUGGUCUGGACAAUGCUGGGAAGACUACAGCCAUAAAAGGAGUUCAAGGAGAAUCUUUGGAGACGGUCGCACCGACUGUUGGUUUCUCUAGCAUAGAUUUCAAGGUAGAUAAAUUUCAAAUCACGGUCUUUGAUCUCGGAGGCGGUAAGAAGAUUCGUGGUAUAUGGAAAAAUUACUAUGCAGAGGCACAUGCCAUUGUGUUUGUCAUUGACGCAUCGGAUCAGGAUAGGUUGGAUGAAUCAAAGCAGACGCUAAAGGAAUUGCUGGACAAUCCUAAAAUACAAGGAAAACCAUUAUUAGUUUUAGCCAACAAACAAGAUGUUGAGGGUGCUCUGGAUGAAAUAGACAUAUGUGAACAACUUAAUCUAGAAGACCUUGUGAAUGAAAGCAAGUGUCCAUGCAGAGUGGAAACAUGUGCUGCAAAUCUUGGAAUUGGGAAAAAAAUGGACAAGUCCAUCAAAGCAGGGUUUAAAUGGCUACUUUUAAUGAUCAAUGAAGAGUGGGAUGAACUUGGUAAAAGGGUGGAAGAUGAGACAAAGGAACAAAGAGAACUUGAAGCAAUUGAAAAGAAGGAAAGGAUAGAAAGAGUUAGGAAAAUAAGGGAAGAAAGAGAAAAGGAAGAAGAAGAAAAACGAAAAAGAGAAGGUUUAGACAAAGAAGAAUCAGAAGAUGAUGAUGACGAUAUUGCUAUGGGCAACCCUUUUAAACCUGUAGACAAAAUAAAAUUUACUGACAAGAAAGAAAAUGAUAAAAAGAAACCAACGAAGCAGCGAAAAUUGCCGGACGAACCAAAAAAAAAACAUCGGAAAUCCUACUCUUCUGAUGGUGAGGAAGAAGAAGUUAUUACAAGGAAAGUUCAUAAAAGUCCUCGUAUGAAGAAGAAAGUCAUGCAACGACAUUCAAGUGAUGAGGAAAGCGAGGAAAGAGAACUGAGUACUCCACGAUCGAGUCAAACUAAAAAAAAAUCUUAUCAUUCAGCUUUCCUAUCGGAUAGUGAUGAGAGUGAAAGAAAUAAAAACAGUUAUGAGGACAGUGAUGAGGUUGAUAGUUAUAGGCCACAAAAGAAAUCAUAUGUUAAAUCGAAAAAAAAGCAUCGGAUUAUACAAGUUACGUCGGAAGAGGAUGAGGAAGAGGAGAGAGAAAACAAUGAACAAUCAACUCAAAAUAGAAUGAACACAUCACUAUGGAAACCUGAUAAGGAUGUACGUAUGAAGAAUUAUGGUGAAGAUGAAGAUGUUAUGUUGGAACAGAUGAGAAGAGAGGUUGCAGAAGAAAGUGUCAAAAAGAAAAAGAAAAAAAAGAAGCUAAAAAAGAAGAAUAAAUUAGGUCCUAUGCCAGACGUAAUGGACGAGGCUGAAACACGACCACCCCCACUUCCGGCACCGCUACCCACCCCGUCAUGGGCGCAAGCAUCACGCAAUCGGAAUAUGUUUGAAACCAGUUCCAAAGCAUCCAUGAAACCUAGACUAGCUCCUUUGAUGGAGAGGAACAGUCCCAGAGUCAUGGAGCCUGUUGAACAAGAAGAUUACGGUGCAAGGAGUUGGGGUUUAGCAGAAGACCUUCCCGAUAUCCCAAGAAGGACUAAACCAAAUACUGAUGAAGAUGGGGAAAUCAUGUUGUAGUCCCUCAGGAUGCCCUAUAACUCACCUGUUUGUGAAUGGUGAAGUCCACUGGCUAUGGAAGUUACCAUGACCUAUCUCUUCUUCUGCUGGUACUUAAAAAGAAAAGAAACUCUACAUAAUUUAUUGAAUACUGUAUUUUUUAUGGAAAUUAUGCACAUUGAUAUUCUUGGAACAUGAAAUUGAUUUAUUGCCAAUUAAUCGGUUUAAAGCAGAAAAUGUUUUACAAACUGUGUUAUGUUUUUACAUUGGUGUUUCUGAAACAUAACAAGACUACUUUAUUUUACAGGAACUACAGUAAUAAAAAUAUUUACCAGUAACAUGAUUUUGUGUGGCCAUCCAUUUGGUGCUCUGGAUUGUGGGAGAUACCAAGAGCUUUUAGGAUUUGGGGAGGGGGGGGUCAAGUUUUACUGCUUACUCAUCUGUGAAUAUGAAUGAUUUUAUUUAAAUUUUGAACUAUUUUGUAUUCUUUUAGCGCUGUUGCGCCUUGAUAUAGAGAGAACAUCAGUUUAAUCAGCAUUUAUUUGCAUUUUACAAAUAAAAUAAAAUGAAUUAAUUCUCCCAUAAUUGCCAUAAUUUAUUCUGCUGCCAAUGUUUGGUAAUUAAGGUCAAAUUCCUUUGACCCAUAGGAUAUGCAAUGACUGGUGUGUUAAUCUUUAAGUUUUAUUUUGGUGAUGAUAACACAAUGGAUACAAAUAAAGUAUGUUUUUACCUUGUGU